AUGGCGUUUCGGAGACCGAGUUCAAGCACACCUUCAACGAGGAGCAGAAAGCAUACAAUAACGCGCUGGCUCGUCCUGAACAUGGAAGGCCCCGACAAGCCGACGCUGACGUACAUCGUCACAUCUAAGCGCCACCACACCCGCUUCUUCCCGGCCCCAGGCGCGAAGGAUUUGCUGCGCAGCGGCAACUUCCGCCCCGGCCUUUUGAUCGAGGACGACGUUGUCAGGAACCUCGCGGCCCACCCACUACACGUGCUGCACGACGACUGGAACCCGUCUUCCGGCUUUUGGCAGAACAUCACGUUCGCCCUGUGCCACCUGUACUGCCGGACUAACAAGUCGGUCUCGUUGCCUGCUCCGGUAUACUACGCGCAUUUGGCUGCCAAGCGGGCCGCCGACUGGGUUGCUGGUUAUGAACACAACUACUUUGCCGAGGACAAGGCGAAGGAACGGGGCGGCCAGGGCGAAGACGACACGUACACCUGGCUGAAGGAGAAGAACUCGACGCCCAAGGUCAAGGGAAUGGUUUUCUGC